AUGUGGCGCACGACACCGCUCUGCUGCGCCGUAGCCGCCGCGACGGUGGAGAAGUGUCUUCGUGACAUCCAUCACGGGCGGGUUGCGGCGGCGCUUCCUCGCCUCAAUGAGCUCAAGGCAGCGUCUUGUACCGUCCAAGGAAUAGACUAUGCGCGUGCUCUAUGCUUCCUCGUCGACAAGGAGAAGGGCAACCUGCUAGCUGCGCGUCAGAGCCUGCUGGAAGAGCUGCGUCUGCACCCCCACCAUCACGAGGCACAGACGCUACUGCAUCAAAUCAACAACACCGCGCGGCUCCUCUUGGCGCCCCCGACAGAGGUUCGAAAGCAAUACCCGCUGUUCGCCCUCCUCUUCGACGCCCUGCUAGACUCAACAAUGCUGACGUGGCCUCGACUUCUGCAUCUCUACCAGGCGACUGACCGUCUUGCACGCCUGGGCACGAAAAGCAGCGCGAGCGGGGACGCCGGACAUGUCGUGGAGUGCGGGACUGCAGGCGGUGGGUCAGCCGUACUGAUGGCUGUUGUGCUGGCGGAGGCAGAGGUUUCAAGCGGCAUUGGCACAUCGCCGAAAAGGCGUGUUUUUGCCCUCGACAGCUUCACCGGUAUGCCGCCUCCCACCGCGAAAGACUGCCUUGCCAGCGCCCCUGUCGGUACAUCGUCUUCCUCGCAGCUCAAACCACAGCGGAGCCGAGACGAGGCGACGGUGUCGUGGGGAGCCGGCACGUGCCGUUCGCCGGCGGCGCACGUGCAGCAACUCGCGCGACACUUUUCUGUCGAGGACCGACUUGUGGUGAUUGAGGGGCUAUUCACCGACUCCAUACCAGCGCAGCUGCUGUCGCGCAGCGACGUCCAACGAGACGGCAUUGCACUUCUUCACAUCGACGCCGACUGGUAUGCGUCCACGCGUACAGCACUUGAACUUCUUGUGCCAGUGAUGCGCCAUCGCAAGGCAGACGAUAGCGGUGUCGGCGUCGGCCCUUGUCCCCAGCGCGUCGUUCAGGUCGACGAUUAUCACUACUGGCAAGGUUGUCGUGAGGCCGUCGACGAGUACAUGGCGAAGUGGGGAGUCGCCCCUCCGCACAUUGACGACGUCGACGACAAUGCCGUCUGGUUCGCUGUUUCCAGAGACGGCGGCGACGUUACACAUAGUACCGCUUGUCAGUGA